UACAGACAGGCAGGUGCGUUGUGUUUCGUGUUGGGGUAGAUGGUCCAUCAUGGCGGCAGCGUCCACUCCUGUAGAGCAAGCUUCAGUGGCGGAAACAGCGCCGCCGAUAGCCGCUGCUUUUGACCUGUCAGACCCGCCGGUUAUCGACGGCUUCACGCCUCUUUCCCGGCCCAGAGAAGAGGCUUUUAAAGACAAGUUCAUCCGGAAAACCAAAGAAAACCCGUUUGUCCCUAUCGGUUGCCUGGGUACUGCAGGAGCACUGAUCUACGGCCUCCGAGCCUUCAAACAGGGGAAGACACGCCAGUCCCAGUUGCUCAUGCGCACUCGCAUCUUCGCUCAAGGAUUCACCGUCGUGGCCAUUAUAGUGGGCGUCGCUGCAACGGCACUAAAACCCAGACAGUGAAACGAGGGUUCAGAGUUCAAACCUGGCCGCACCUUUUCCUCAUGGCUCGUGUGACCGACUGCCUGAUCUAAUAAAGUUUUUCUCGGUUGUCUUCGGUCGGCGAGUGUCGCGAGAGUGAGGAACCCUGCUGCAGUUAGGCGUGUUAGUUAUACAUUGUUGUAUAUUAUCUUUUUUCCAUUUAAGAUUUCUUGUAAAAUCUUGUAAUAGAAUGAGAAGAGGGGAAUGUCAAACGUUCCCCUUGUGAAAAUGAACAGGCCAAAAAUAAAAUGUUUGUAUGUUUGAUGGAUGAAGUUUGCUUCUUGAGUUAUGACAUUAACCCUAAGUUCACACUAGCCAGCAACAAAGCAAUCAUGAUUUCAGAUAAAAAAGCGACGUUUGAAUUGAUCUUUCAAAUUAGAUAUGACUCCGUAAAGCAACAAAUCCAAACUCUCGGCUCAAAUGAUUCCUUGGACCAAUCCAAUGGCACGUGUGGUCUGACCUUUCUUCAGUUCCCCACUCACAACCUGCAAUUAGAUCCCAUUUACUGUUUGGCGCACAGAAAUGGAAGAACAAGUCGAAUCUGACGGGUAUGCCUCCGCCAGCAAGUCUAGUCCUGUGUGUUACUAAUUUGUAUGUCACAACUACCCUUUAUAUCAAACGUUAUUUCAGACAUUUGGCCUUGCUUGGAUCAUAUCCAAAAUCUAAUCAGUUCAUCUGUGGGUUACAAUGAUGAUUCCGUAUAAAUCCUACAAACAUUUGUUCUUGAGCUGAUAUGCUAAAGAGAAUCUCGAAUCCCAGACAGACACACGGACAGAUUCAAAAAUGGGCCUUGAGUUCUUGAACGCACUAGUAACAUCUUUGUAUGACGUAAUGAAAACAUAAUGAAAACACCCCCUCUCAGUGGUGGAGGCAUAAAAACUUAUAACCGUGGCUUCAUUUUAUCUUGUCGUAUACAACCAUUUCUCAUCAGAAUUAAAAUAACUAUACAAACUACAAACAACUCGAGCGGCGUGACGCUUGCUAGUGUGAACAUAGAGUAAGGGAUAUGAAAGCUAUUAGUUUGGAAUUACUUCAUUUUGGUUGCACUAUUGCUAUCACUAAAAGGUCAUGAUGUUUUUUCACAAUGCCAGUUGAAAAAAGUGGAAUAAACAAUCUCAACCAUGAAAA